GCCCCUGGUUACUCACGUGAAAUAAGUCAGACUGUAAAAAAAGGGAAAUAUCGAGCCUCCAUGAACGGAGGGUAUGGCGGACUAACAAUUACUGAUGUCACGUUGGAAGACGCUGGUAACUAUACGUGCUACGUCACCUUGACUGGUCUGGUGAAGGCAAAGGUUUCUACCGAGUUGUCAGUAGUACAGAGCGUUGUAGUGUCAAUGGAAGAUGUGGACGCUAUCGAAAGUCAAAGUAGAAACGUAAAUAUCUUGUGCAAUUACACACCAAAACAAGAAAUAAUCGACAACAUAAACUGGUACAAGAUUACGUUGCAAGGUACCAAACUAUUCCUUGCCUCCAGUAACGAGCCGCGUCGUAGUGACAGAUUCGAGGCAUCACAGGCGGCUGGGGUAGGACGGCUAAAAAUUAUGGAUCCCGUUUCUGGGGAUGAGGGCUGCUACCAGUGCGAAGUGAUCAGAAAAAAUAAAUGUGCUGCAUUUUAUGCACACAGCGUUCUUACUCUACCAGUGCGAGUGUUUCCCUACCACCGCGAAUCCUCAAGCAUCAGUACUUCGUACAGGCGACCUGCGAUAGUAUCGUUUGUACAGGCGAAUCAUUAUCACUUACUUGCAUUCUGUGAGAAGCGACGUAGAACGGCAACCAGCGAAACGAGAAGUAUAGUUAUGUUAAGGGCUGUAGUGCGAUCACGUACGAUAGAGUGGGACAAACAGCAAACAGUUGUGUACUCUAAAGAAAUCGAUGCUAUACCUCCGCAACGAAGCCCAAGCAAUCUAAGAGGAAGUUACAAACCAAAUCCAAAUACAGCUUGGCCUGAGAACCCUGUCCCUGUUGUUGUCAAUCAAAAACGAGGACACAUCGUUGUACUGUUUAAUACGUUCACAUCAUCGCUGAGGGCGCAUCAACGAUCCUCAGAUUGGAAGCUAUACUCCGCCCACAGUAAAGAUGGCGGCAAGACUUGGCCAAUACUUAAUCAACAUUUCCCUUGGAGCAACAACAAAACAAGAAAGGACAAUGCUCAUUUGUUACGACCACCUCGCCAUUUUGAACUGAGCCCCGGUCAUGGAAUCAAACUUUCCUCUGGAACACUACUUGUAAACGGGUUUACAUCCACAUCGACGACCGUGUCGGAUGACAAGAAAUCGAAGCGGCACGACCAAAGUGUCUUAGUACAAGUGAUACUGACUGGGGGUAAGGACGGGAUGGAGUGGAAUCCUGUCGGUAAAUCCAGACACGAGUCAUCUUCUGAUACCCUGCCAUCUUGCGUGAAUGCUUCUGAAGGUAUUGAUGAAGAAUUGAAUGCUUCUCUGCCAUACGAAAACGUCCAUCUCAAGGGUGCAAGCAGACACGCUAAAUAUUUUGCAUCACCUGGUUGCCAGGCUGGCCUGGUCAGUUUCAAAGCAUAUAUAGGAGAAGACAGCAAACAUAGCCCAACUUGGGUGCUGUGCUCAAAGCAAAUUAAACCCUCAGAUAAAAAAUUUAGCGUUCGUCUGUCGAAAGACGGCUGCAACACAUGGUCCAAAGAGAGCCUAGUGUUAAAAGAUGGUCAAGUUGGUAACUCCGAUCUGGCUUACUUUGAACGCUGCGAUCCUGCAUCGAAAAAAACUAUUAGGAUGUGUGGAUGUCUUUAUGAGAGUGUAUCGAAGAAAGAUGGAACCGAGCGCCUGACCCUUGUUUUUAAUACUUUUAAACUUAGCUCACUUCUGCAAGAUGAAGAAAUGUGAAUGAUGUCCACUAUAGACCACCGGCAGGGUAUUUUAAAUGUCGCUGGUUCGAUUUCCGCUGUGUUCCAUAUCAUCUUUUUUUUUGUUAUUAGACCAACUAUAGUGAAAAUAGGCAUACGUAAAUGAUCUAAUAUGACCGCCUCUCUCAAAAGCAUCUCUUAUUUUAUUCACAUUCGCUGCAAAGCCUCCAAAAUAUAAACGCUUUAAACGUAAAGUUAGAAUAACCCAUAACUUGCAGCGUCAUAAUAUGUGCUUAAUUGCGUAUGGACGUGGUCCGUGACUACCUAGCAGCCGUAAAAGAGGCGCUUCAUGUUCACAUCAUUCCACGCGCUUUGGUGCUUAUUAAGUAAUUUACGUUUCAUAUUGAGUAAUGUACCCUGAAUAGUAUUAACUUGUUGUAGGUUGCUAGGCUUAACGAAUGUGGUCAGUUCAUUUGUAUAAGCAUGGUGUGUAAUUAAACUGUGAUAGACUUUUCUGCUAAGCCCCGCUCCUUGGAUAUUGUUGCUAAGGUCCCAAAAAAUGACAGUGUAAAAUCAUAAGCAAACACAUACGUUUGUGGGACAACACGUGUGUACUUGCUAAAGCACGCGCGUAUUCAUUUCCCUGUUCUGAUUGGUCAUUUGUUUAGGUUGAUUGACACUCCGGAAAGGUCCACUGGUUCAUAAAGAAAAGAAGUUAUUGUUACACUUUUUUUUUUUAUAAGAACACAUUUUAUAACACUGAGGCUGAAAUUGCUUUAAAAUUUUAGAACAAAAUAAGAACAAAUUGAG